AUAUUUAGUUUUAUUCUUAGCACUCGGUUUUAUGUCAUAACUUAUUAUUCUAAUAUCUCACUAGAAGAAAUAUGAUCCCUUAUAUUAAUUUAGUCAGUGUCAGCUAUGUUAUGGCUUCCUGGGGCUCAGAAGUUAGUUUGAGUCACUCUGUUUAGAGAUCAGCAAUCUUACAGGCUUUAAGCUGCAUAUAAAACACCUUUCUGUUAUUUCAGUUGUUUAUAGAGGACAUCUCUUGACUGAGACAUUAACCUGAGACUAUUUUAGAUUGAGUGUUUCAUAAGCAUCGCAAGUUAGUUGCUCAGAUCUUUAAGUGAAUUUCUGAUCAAUCUACAGAAGGAACAAGAUUUUAUUAGGCACAGAAAAUACAUUUUUUUCCCCGCCACACUGUCUGCAGGAGAUGGCAGACAACAAACCAUGGGUUCUGAUCUCAGAGAUUGGGGACAAGGGUUUUCAUGAGGACGUCGUUGACAUUAUCAAUCAACACUUCCACAUCGUCUGCCUCAAGGAGUUCCUACAAAACCCGGCCCUGCACGGCCCUAAAAUCCAGGGCAUGUUUAUGUGGAACUUCAGUCCCGCGGCCGAGCCUUCCCUGUUGAGCUGCCUGCCAUCGCUGAAGGUGAUCGCCAACGGAGGAGUGGGCAUCGACCAUCUGGAUGUGCCGUACAUCAACAGCUUUGGGGUGAAGGUCACCAACACUCCCGGCGUGGUGAGCGACGCCACUGCAGACAUGGCCAUGGCGCUCCUUCUGGCUUCAGCACGGACGGUUAUAGAGGGUCACCUGAUAUCAGUUGAUUCUAAGACCACCCAUGUACCACAAAGCCUUAUGGGAGUUGAAGUAACAGGUUCAACUCUGGGGAUCAUUGGAAUGGGACACAUCGGGUACAAAGUUGCUCAGAGAAGCAAAGGUUUCAACAUGAGGAUCCUUUACCACAACAGAAACAGAAGAAGUGUCGAAGAUGAGCAAGCGGUCGGGGCAAGUUACUGCGAGAAACUGGACGACCUGCUGAAAGAGUCCGAUUUCGUGGUGGUGGUGGUGAACCUGACCCCUGACACCACCGGCCUCAUCAGCCACAGAGAGCUGUCGCUCAUGAAACCCACAGGGACACUUGUAAAUGUCAGCAGAGGUCUGGUUGUGGACCAGGACGCUCUAGUCAAAGCCCUGAUGUCUGGAACGAUACGAGCUGCAGCUUUAGACGUCACUCACCCCGAACCACUACCCAGGGAUCAUCCACUCCUCACCCUCCCCAACGUGCUGAUUACGCCCCACAUCGGGACCAACACUCGUGGGACAAUAAGAAAGAUGGUGCAGAUGAUGGUAGACAAUGUUUUGGCAGCAGUGAAAGGCUUAGCUGUUCCUAAUGAGGUCAAAGCAAAAUAAGUUCAUAUUCUGGUGAUGAGAUCAAGAAAAUAUAAUUUUUUUGUCCUUUUUACUUGGAACUUUCACAUGUUGAGCCAAUUCUUUGACAUUUUGAGCUGCGAUCCUGUCAGUUUUAGUCCUGCUGUUACUCAGGAAGACAUUUAUGGGCAGAAAAUAUUUCUCCUCAUAAUAACUGUUUUUUUUGUGCGUCAUAAAGCAGGCACGAUAAAUCUACUGUAUCUUCUUGCCAUUUAUUCACUACCUUUAUUGCUAUACAUAUAAUUAAAAAUAAAUAUAAAUA